AUGGAUGGAGAGAGUAUCCAAAGAAGUAUCACCGGCAUGAAACCGGAAGAACUUACUCAUAGCGUUAGUUCGAGAAGUGCCAUGACUGAUCCGGGGUCUAGCUCAGAAGAUACGAAGAAACCAAAAACAGCAAAGAAGCGGAAAAAGAAGGUUGAAAUUGCAUGCGUUUAUUGUCGCAGAUCACAUAUGAUUUGUGAUGAUUCGAGACCGUGUCAGCGUUGUAUCAAAAGAGGUAUAAGUCAUUUAUGUCAUGAUGAACCAUCUAAUUCAAGACAGCGUAAGAAGGCAGAAGCUAUGGUCAAAAAUCCAGAACCAAAUGUAUCGCCUUCACAACCAGUUCAAUCUCAGUCAAUGGCGCAACCUAUAGCUGCUCAGAGUUUUUUAGCCAGAGAUGAAAGAAGCCCUGUAUCCAACUUUAAUCCUCAGCACAAGUCUGUUAGUAACUCAGUUUUAUCGCAAACAUUGCCAUACAAACAGGAACCAUUUUUUUAUUCUGAACAUGCUGGAAGCGAAUUCAGCUCAUUAAAUGACUUUUUGUCCAUGAUUGAUGAUCCUGAUUUAGUCCACGGCACUUUAAACGACGAAGCGAAUAAUAAUGAUCCUUUGUAUGCUUUCGGAAUGGGUACAAAUGGUAAUAAUAUAAGUAAUAUUGACAUACCGAAUAAUUCAAAUAAUAACGGUAAUGCUAAUAAUAAUAAUAAUAAUAAUAAUAAUAAUAAUAAUCAUAAUAACACUAAUAAUAAUGGCAACAAUUUAACAAAUAUUUUAUCGUUUUCCCCAAAUGCUAAUAUGUUCUCACCGUCCUUUCAAAACGACUCCGAAUCGAUGGAACAAUCCCAAAAUCAAUCAAAUAUGCAAUCGCAGCCUAAUAAUAAUGCGUAUGGCAAACUUAAGAGUAAUUUAAAUGCGCCUGUGAAUCAAGCAACCCAUCAACCUGCUAUUUCCGAUGCAGCAAGAGAUAAAUUUUUCUUGACGGCGGCAGAUCCCACUACUGAAAUAUCACCUGAGGAAAGGUUAAAGCAAGUUAUCAAAGCUAAAUUGGAAGCAGGUUUAUUACAGCCCUACAACUAUGCAAAAGGGUAUGCAAGGCUUCAAAGCUAUAUGGAUAAUUAUAUGAAUUUGUCAAGUAGACAAAGAAUUUUAAAACCAUUAUCCGUUUUUCGUCCUGCUUUCAGAGCAAUUGCUAGGACCCUUAAAGAUGUUGAUUUGGUUUUGGUGGAAGAGAGCUUUGAGAGAAUGCUUUUAGAUUACGAUAGAGUUUUCACGUCUAUGGCAAUCCCAGCAUGUCUUUGGAGACGUACAGGUGAAAUAUAUAGAGGAAAUAAAGAGUUUGCGUCUCUAGUGGGAGUUCUGACUGAUGAUUUAAAAGAUGGUAAAUUGGCUAUAUAUGAGUUGAUGAGCGAAGAAAGUGCAGUUAAUUUUUGGGAAAAAUAUGGUGCAAUUGCAUUUGAUAAGGGCCAAAAAGCAGUUUUAACAAGUUGCAAUUUGAGAACCAAGGAUGGUAUAAAGAGAAAGAGUUGUUGCUUCAGUUUCACAAUCAGAAGAGACAGGUAUAAUAUACCGAGUUGCAUAGUAGGUAACUUUAUACCAAUAGACCCUUAA